CGCGCGCGCUCGCUAGCUCCCUCGUUCCUAGCCUCCGCCCGCCCCGGACAAUAACAGCGCUCCGUCUCGUCCCCUCCCUCCCUCCCUCCGCUCCUCUCCCGGCUGCGAUGCCUCGGAGCCUCUGCCCGCCCCCGCCCCCGCGCCCCGCAGCCCGGACCAGUCCCGCGCCCCUGCGCUAGCCGGCCGGCGGGGAGUGAGGGCGCAGCGGGUGCGGGGGGCACCGCGAGCGCUCGGAGAUCCCGGCUCCGGCUCUGGCUCCUCCCCGCCGCUCUCCACCUGGGCCCGGUCGCUGCCGUCGCCCCCGCCCCGGGGGCCCAGCCCUGAGCCCCCGAGGCUGCUCUCCCCUCGCCCCACCCUCCCCCAGCCCCUCCCUGCCGGUCGCUGCCUCCUCCUCCUCCUCCUCCUCCUCCUCCGGCUAGCCUCAGACGCCCGGACUGCGGGAACCAUGGAAGUUUCCGUGGAGACCACCUUCCAACAGGAAAGACUUCAGGCCAUUGCAGAGAAGAGAAAGAGGCAAACUGAAAUCGAGAAUAAACGGCGGCAGCUGGAAGAUGACCGGCGGCAGCUGCAGCAUUUAAAGUCCAAGGCGCUUCGGGAAAGAUGGCUGCUGGAGGGAGCCCCCUCUACCGACUCCCAGGAGGAUGAGGUGAUGAAGAAGCAAAUGCAAGAGGAUGAGCAGAAGGUCAAACAGCUGGAGGAUUCUAUCCUGAGGUUGGAGACUGAACUAGAGGUGCUGGAGACAGGGGACUCGGUCCCAGCUCCCAGGGAGAAUGUGGAGGUCCCAGCCGCGGCCCCAGCCCCCAGCCCCGUGAAGGAGGAGAGGAAGGAAGAGAAGAUUGUUAAUUCCCAAAAGACCCCAGUGGCCUCACCCAGAGAGAGGAAAAUCACCAGCAGCCCCAUGAAGGUGGUGGAAGGCACUGAGAUGAUGAAGGCAGCCAUGUACUCUGUGGAGAUAACGGUGGAGAAGGAUAGGGUGACUGGAGAGACCAAGGUUCUGUCCAGCACCACUCUGCCCCCUCAGGAGCCCUUCCUGCAGGGGGUGAAGGUAUAUGAGGACGAGAUGAAAGUGGUCCAUGCGGUGGAUGGCACCACGGAGAACGGCAUCCACCCCCUGAGCUCCUCGGAGGUGGACGAGCUGAUCCACAAGGCAGACGAGGUGACCCUGAGCGAGGGCACGGCGCCCGCGGCCCCAGAAGUCGGGGGGACCCCGGAAGUGGCCAAGUCCACCCCCCGGCGGGAGAUCACGGGGGUCCAGGCACAGCCGGGGGAGGCCUCGGGCACCGAGGCGAGCCAGGAGCAGCCGGUCACCAUGAUCUUCAUGGGCUACCAGAACGUGGAGGAUGAGGCAGAGACCAAGAAAGUCCUGGGCCUGCAGGAUACCAUCAAGGCCGAGCUGGUGGUGAUAGAGGACCCGGCCCCCCCCAACGGGAGCGCCCAGGAGCCGCCCGCCACAGCCCCCGGCGCCGCCCCGGACGCCAAGGAGGAGAACCAGGUCGGGGAGAAGCCCGGCCUCCAUAGCCCGCCCGUAGAUGUCACCGCCAGCGCCGACAAAGACCUGGAUAUGAAGAAGCAGCGCUGCCGGUGCUGUUCUGUCAUGUGAGGCCUCCAGGGCCCGUCCCCUGGCCCUGACACCGCCUUCGAGCCACUCUGUGCCGUGCCCAUGCUGUGCCCUCCUGCCAAGGCCCAGCGUCUUCACACACCUCGGACGGACAACAGACCCCACCCACGCGUGUGCGCUCACACACACACGCACACGCAGGAUUUUAUUAACACAAAAAUCUCUUUUCGAAGCAGGACAAACCAAGCCCACACCUGCUCCCCUCCAGCCCCCCAUUGGCACAGGUUCCAUAAUGUCAUCACCCACCCCCCGAUGGGGACCCCCCAUGCACCCCCCAGCCGGACCCAUCUCCUGACAUGCGCACACACUCCAGUGCUUCCACACCCCCUAACCUAGCCACAGCCCCCAUCCACAGGAACACACACACAGACGGACUCCCCCCAACCCUUUAAACAAGGACAGAGGGCUGUGUGGUUUGUAAAAGGGUCCUUAGCCUGGGGUGGGGGUGGGAAGUGUGGGCCCCCAGGAGGAGUCGUGGCAGUCCCUCUCCCCUGGAGUGUGGUCCAGUGGAAUGAGGAUCUGGGUGCAAAUCCCAGGUCUGCUACUUAUUGGCUGUGACCGUGGGCAAGCCGCUUCUCUUGGCCUCAGUUUCCUCAUCUGUAAAAUGAGGGUGUUGGAUAAGAUGGCCUUGAAGAUCCCUUCUGGCUCUAGAUCUUUGGCCCUGUGGUUUUCUAGCUCUCUGGGAGAAGGUGAGGGAGGGAUCCUGGCCUUCAGAGUUGAGUUUCUGGCCAGCUCUCUCCCCUGGGAUGCUCCCGAGGGGUGCCCUUGGGGCGUUAGCUGGGUCCCAGAGAUGCUUCGGUCUGCUGCAGGCCCUGGUGGGCCCCCCACACACACCCAGGAGGCAGCUCCUUUGUGAUUCUGCACCUCCCCGGCUCUGGCUGUGAAUGAAGGAACUUCUGAGUGUGGGGGUCCCCAGCCCUCUCUAGGGGCACCUUUCCCCCUGUCCUGCUUGCUCUUGACGGCCCCGGGAGGGCUGUGGGAAAGCAGAACUUUGGUCCUUUCUGGAAGCAGCUGAGGAAAGGGAGGAGGCCACAGAGCUCCGGGAACUGUGUGAGGCCUCAACGCUGGGUUGGGAGUGGACGAGGGGGCCUGGGUCAGUGAGAACGGGGCCUCCCUUCCUCAGGCUCCAGGAGACUCCCAGAGCCCUUGCUGUCUUGAGUUUUGCUUGGUAAACUUUUGCUCUAGAACCUAGAGACGUUGUUGGAGAUGCUGCUCUGAGCUCUCAGGCCCUCUUCAGGGAGGGGGCUGGGUCUAGAACCUGCUGAUGAGCCUCCAUCUCCCAGAAGGGGACAGGAUCGGAGCCUCCCAGGCUGGGUGGUUGAGAGGCUCGGCCUGGCCCAAGCCUCCCCGUGGGGCUGGAUCGGGGUGAGCCGGAUGCGGUUGGGAUAUGGGGUGGCGAGGGCCAGGGCCCUCUUCCUGCCUGUAGGCAGCAGGCGCCCCUAUAGAACUGCAGCAAUGGCCCUUGGAGACCUUGAAGCCCCUUCCUCUCCAGAGAGGGAGCCGAGUUGUAAAAAGGUCGGGUGGCCUCCCCAGAGGCACUCGGCCUCACCCAAGGUAGACCCAAGGCUGUCUGUGGGGGCUGGCGCCCCUCGCAUGCUUCUUCCCAGCUGAUUGUGCUCCCUUCCUCCCCCCCUCCAGUCCCCCUUUGAUCCCCUGGGCCCUCUCCAUCUGGUGCUUCUCUCUUUGGCUGAGCCAGGCCCGGGGUAGGAGGGGGCUUGAUUUGGAGCAGCCAAGGGACUCCCCCUUUUCCCUCCUUGCUAUCAUCUCCCAUCUGCUCUGCUGGCCAGUUUGGGUUUGGUGGGGAACAGAGGCCUCCCUCCUUGUCCCUGGCCCAACGAUGGUUCAGAAAGGUCCAGGGUUUGGGAACUGGGCCCAUCAUUUCAGGGGCAAGGGCCGUGUACCUCCAGAUAACCUGGGCCCAGGCCCAGGUGUGGGAGCUGGGCUCUUUGUGAGUCCCUCCAUCCGGAGUGGUCCAGCACCCACUGGGCUCUGCUCCGGGAUCAGGAGUUGGUCUACGAGGAGCAGCCCUGGCUGGCCUAUGGUCAUCCCUCUCCCACCCCUUCCAUCGCCCAAAUGGGCACCCCCAGGAAGAGCUCUCCCUUCACACCUGUGACCCAAUGGUCCAGGAGUCCCCAAACCUUGAGUUCUAAGAGCUACAGACUAAUGAUCUAGAUGCCCAGGACAAUUGUAUUCUAAGGAAUUGGGAAGUAUUUAGAAAGGGAGAUAAAUGGUGAUCACCGGGAGCCAGCAUGAGUUCACUGAGAGUAAGACCUCCCAGACUCCUUUUCUGACAGGGUUAUUCUUGGACUGGUGGAUGGUGGAAGGCUAGAGGCCAUCCUUGACCAUACUGGUCUUGGCCUGGUGUCCCCAAGGAUUUCAGUGCUAGUGAUGAUUUUCCCCCCCAAAAUAUUAAAUAUGGAAUUGUGUAUGUACCCAAGAUACUUGUGUGGCAGUUCUUCCCUAUACGAAUAGACAGUUUCUUACUUUGACCUAACAGUUCCUUGACUGCUGCCACUCCCUCCCCCCCCAAUUCUGGAUAUACUUGGAAUAUCUGUACCCCCAGCUGCUGGGAGCCUCACUUGAACCCAAAUUGUCUGUGGUAAAGAGUUUGAGCGCUCUCGUCACAUAUACAAAUGUAUACACAUACAUGCACGCGUGCACACACCAGUCCCCCAAUCUGUUGGCUUUGAAGACCCAAGACCUCUCCAGCCAUUCCCCUCUCCCCACCCCCAGCUCAGUGCCAUGAGCCAGACCCCUGGGGCUCAGUGGGGGUGGGCUCCCUUUAAGUCAGCAUGGCCAGGCAGGCCCCUGCCCUCACUUCUACUAUGGGAGGGGGUACAGCCCCCCCACAAUGCCUUCCCACUACCCCAUCUUGGCCCAGAGACCAGAGCAGGGAGGGGAGGAGUGGGCAGCUUCACACCUCCUUCCUUUGCCUCUACUAUUCUGCCCUGCUCCAGCCAGUUGUAUCCCGACCCAAGGUCUACCCCUACUUUUUGCCCUUUGUGCCUCCCAUAAGUGUCCUUCCUUCUCUACCCACUUUCAGUGAAAAGGCCCUUAUGAUUUCCACUCACUGUAACAAAACAAAAACCCCACGAGAAUCUCUCUUCCCCACCCCACCCACUUUGGAGAUGCAAAUAAACAAGUGUGAACAGCC